AUGGAAAAUUCUGAUAUGAAUCUCUCUUCACCAUCGGCGCGUUCUGCUCCGCAGACGGCGUCGUCCGGCACUUCUUGGUUUUCCGGCAUUGUCCGCGGCCGGUCGGCAUCCGCCAAGAUGUCCAGCAACUCCGCCGUUGUUGCUGCCGUCGACGGCGUCGGAGGUGGCACUGGACCCAUUAAUAAAAAACGCCAGUUUCGUGGGGUGAUGUUUAAGUACGGUCCGAAGCCAAUUCAGAUUUCGGCAAGUUUAUCUGAAAACCCUUUGUGUGUAAGAACUAACGCCAUCUCAUCCAUUACCGUUCAGGUUGCGUUUAAAACAGGUGACUAUAAACAGCAAGUUAUUUUUAUUGGUGGUCUGACGGAUGGUUUUUUGGCCACUGAAUAUUUGGAGCCUUUGGCUAUUGCUUUGGAGAAAGAGCAUUGGUCACUAGUGCAGUUUCUGUUUUCAUCUUCCUAUAGUGGAUAUGGUAUCUCAAGUUUGAAACAGGAUGCAAUGGAGCUUGAUCAAUUGAUAAGCUAUCUGAUAAACAAGGAAGAUUCCGAAGGUGUGGUACUAGUUGGUCACAGUACUGGCUGCCAGGACAUAGUUUAUUACUUGCGUACAAAUGCAGCAUGUUCAAGAGCAGUUCGUGCUGCCAUUUUGCAGGCUCCAGUUAGCGACCGGGAAUAUAAAGCAACGCUCCCUGAAACUGCUUCAAUGAUCGAUUUGGCUUCAAAGAUGAUAAAUGAUGGCCGGGGAUCGGAACUGAUGCCUAGAGAAGCCAAUCCAGAUUCUCCAAUUACGGCCUACAGAUACCAUUCGCUAUGUGCAUACAAUGGAGAAGAUGACUUGUUUAGCUCCGACUUUAGUGAAGACCAGUUGAGACAGAAACUCGGACAUAUGACUAACACACCCACCCUGGUAUGA